AAUUAACGCAUAAUAUACAAUAAUUAAAAAUGGCUCCUAAGGAAACUGCUACUGGUAAAGCACCUACUAACAAGGUUAAGUCUGCUGAUGGCAAAAAGAGAAAGAUGGCUCGUCGUGAAACCUACUCUUCUUAUAUUUAUAAGGUCUUGAAGCAAGUUCACCCUGAUACUGGUAUCUCUAACAAGGCUAUGUCUAUCUUGAACUCUUUCGUCAAUGAUAUCUUUGAACGUAUUGCUUCUGAAGCCUCCAAGUUAGCUGCUUACAACAAGCGCUCUACUAUUUCUUCUCGUGAAAUCCAAACCGCUGUUCGUCUUAUCCUUCCUGGUGAACUUGCUAAGCAUGCUGUCUCUGAAGGUACUAAGGCUGUCACCAAGUACACCUCAUCCAAAUAAACAGCUUUAAUAAUAACGACAGCUCAAUUUAAUUUGUUUAUCAAAGAAGAAGAGAAAUUGAUGCAUGCAUAUAUUUAUAUAUUUAUAAAAACAAACAAACAAACAAACAUUUUUUUUUUAUUUCGCCCCUUAUUUUACACAAAUUAUUCCUUUUAUAUUUAUAUUUUACUUUACUCUCUUUUUAUUAUGAACAAAUUUGUAUGUACAGCAAAACAAAACAAAAAGAAAGAAAGAACUUUAUUUAAUCUUUUUUUUUUAAUAUAUACUUUGAUAUCCUUUUUUUUAUAUAUAUAUAAUAAACAAUAAACAUUAUUUAAUGUGUAUAUAAUUUUAAUAAA